CAGGGGUAUAGACUAGUCAUUAGUUUGUCCAUGCUGCCCGCUCACGCAGCGGAGUCGCCCGAGCCGACUUCUCCGGCCGAGUCGGCCUCCAAGCUCGGCGCGGUCGCGCGCGUCUCCGAAACCGGAGCCGAUGUCGAGCAGAUCGAGGCGGCGGGCCUGCUGCAGUUCUUCUCCCUCGCGCCUGAUCCUUACUGCCAGGGAGGCGGCAUGAUCCUUACGGCCAGCGCGAAGUGCGGCCCGCGGCUCGCACCCCCGUCGAAGAAGCGAGAGAAGAGCCAGGCGCAGAAGCGCCGCUACCACUCGGCCGCCUUCAAGCUGGAAGUCGUGCGCGAGGCUAUGCAGCGGCCGGUGUCCUCACGCAUCAAGCCGACGUGCCGCAAUCACCCCGAGGUCGAGGCGUGCCAGCUGCGCAAGUGGAUACAGCAGCGCGAGCGGAUCGAGCGGAUCGCUGCUGCGAGCGGCGCCGCAUAGACCCCCCCGGCCGCCCUCCCGCCAUGGGACUAGUCUAGCGGGGCUCCAUGUUUGCGCUCUGCGCUGCCGUUGCCGCUGCCUAGGGCGAGUACGGUCCACCCUGAAGACUGGUGAGGGCCCCUGGCGAGACGCUUCCAGGGGUCGGGGCGUGUACGGAGGAGUCGGCGCUGCUGCGCAUCUGCAGGCGCGCACCAUGCGCACGGUCUGGUCAGGCCGGGCGCACAGAGUGCGACGUCGCAGCAGGCGUGCAGCGUGAGCUGCGCAGCGCCGUUCCGAACAGUAUGCUCCCCUUGAGAAUACCACGUCUUUGAUGUCGACCUUGUGUAGCACACAGUGGUAUGUACGUAAUGCGGCGGUGUGGGUUUCCUCGUGGCACACUCUCUCGCGUGCCUCUCGCUCUCUCUGGUGUGUGUGUCUGAUCUGGUAACCAACCGAAGUGGAAGUCGGACUCAUCGUAGGUGGCGUGAGAAUUGUGGCGUUAAGUGCUGAAGUUUGGACAC